CGACUUCCGGGGGAGGGAGGAAGCGGGAGUAUGUUAAGACUAAUGGAUUAAGUUUCAAUCAUGGAGGUCUGUCAGGUGAGGACCUAGCUCCCAAAGCCAGCGCUGAGUCUACAACUUCUCCUAAGAGGUGUUCCGGCCCGCGUGGGGUCUCUGCGGAGGCGGCUAAAUCGGCCGCAGUUUCUGCCAUGGUUGCGCCCGCUGUGUUGCGCGCUCUGCGUAAGAACAAGACCCUUCGCUAUGGAGUUCCCAUGUUGUUGCUGGUUGUUGGCGGUUCUUUUGGUCUUCGCGAAUUUUCACAAAUCCGAUAUGAUGCUGUGACAAUUAAGAUUGAUCCUGAAUUGGAGAAAAAAUUGAAAGUGAAUACAAUAACUUUAGAGUCAGAAUAUGAGAAAAUAAAGGACUCCACUUUUGAAAACUGGAAGAAUAUUCGUGGUCCGAGGCCUUGGGAAGAUCCUCAACUCCUCCAAGGACGAAACCCAGAAACUCUUAAGCCUAAGACAACCUGACUGUGCUCAGGUUUUGUCUCGUUCUGGUUUUUCAAUGAAGUAGUCUCAUCUCCAUCUGUAGGAAGAAGAGUCCAGACCUGUGGAAACCUGGAUGUGAAUAAUAUGAUGGCAGAAACUUUUAUUAAAAAGUCAAAUAUAAGUCUGUAUGCUUUUCAAUCAGUCUACUCACAAAUAAAAAUAUGUUGAACACACACACACACACACACCACUACAAAUCUAUAAAAAAUGUGACUGUUGCUUCCCCAACAUACUGUGCUGUGCAUUCUACUUUCCUAUUACCCACUCAUAUUCUUUUUCCACCACUAAAACAUUUUUGCCACCUCAGUUUGGUCUCUGAUGAAAAUCAUAGGCUUAGAUCUAGAUUUUCCCAAUAAAAUUGUGACUUCAUUUAAGCCUAUAAAUAAGUGAUCAUAAUCUAGUAAUGGUUGUUUUAUUCCUAAUACUUUAUAAGUCAGCGUCCGAAAUCUGUUCCUAUGCAGUGCAUAAUGGUAGGAAGAUGUGACCUUUUGUUGAGAUUAUCAAAUGGCUGUCUUAUGCAUCAGCACAGUCUGGGAGAUGGGUUAGUUCUGCUGUCGUCUGAUCCUUCAGCAAAAUGGUGGGAAAGGUAAGAGUUUUAUUUUUAAAACCAGUAGCUCAUUUUCUUCUUUUACCUCUGUUUAGACGGUCUCAGUUUUCUAACCUAUGUAAUCUUAAUGCUGAAUUCUAAAUACCUGAAUUUUAGCUGAAAUAUUCUGACCAUAACUAUUCCAGAUGGUAUGCCCCACUUUUCUCUCAGUCAAUGUUAAUUAAUUUCAAUAUGUUAAUUUUAGUAAUCUUAGAAUAUUACUUAUGGAUAAUUACAAACUGACUUCAAAGUUAGUGGCUUAGUUCCUUUUCUGUUGCCGUGAUAAAACACUGACCAAAGCAACUUGGAAAAUAAAGGGUUUAUUUUGCUCACGCUCUCAGGCAGGGGAGGCACUCAAGGCAGGGACUGAUGCAGAUGCCAUGGGGGAACAUGGAUUCCUGGCUUGCUCCCCAUAUCUUACUCAACUUCCUUUCUUAUACAACCCAGGAUGAGUCAGGGUUAGCACCACCCACAGUGGGCAGUUCUCCCACAUCAACCGUCAUUCAAGAAAAUUACCUGUAGACUUGCCUACAAGCCAGUCAUAUAGUGAUAUUUUCUGGAUUAUGAUUCCUUCUUCCCAGAUGAUCCUAGUUUGUAUCUAGUUAAUAUGAAAACCAACUAUAGUAAUCUACCCCUUGUCAAUUUGAUACUCCAACACAGCACUUUCUAAGCCACAACCCUUCUUGUUUGUCCAUGGUUGUCAUGUUAUAUUAAUAUGACAGUGUAAAACAUUCCAACUUUUAAAAGUCCCACAGGCUUUAAAAUUUUCAACACUUUAAAUGUCUGAUAUUUUAAAAAUGCCUAGCCUUUUUCAAACUACAAAGGCUCUUUAAAUUCUAAAAUUUCUCUGAAAUACCGUCUUUCUAACUCUGGGUGCAUGUAAGACAACACAAGAACAAAACUAAAGACAAAGAAGUUAACAUGUUUUUUACCCUGAGAGGGAACAACUAGGGCUUGCAUAGUCACAAUCAAAUAAAAUAAAAAUCCAAAUUCAACAGUGUACAAAGUUUCGUGUUUGAUAUCUGAGACCCUUUCAUGAUCCUCCAGAGCCCAAAGGGUUUAGACAGCUUUACUUCUUGGGAACUGCCAGUUGCAAGCACAUGCAGCUUAUCUCAGAGGCUGAGGCCUCCUCCACCGUUGCUGUCCUUGGCUGUUCUCUUGGUACUACUAUCUCUAAAGAGCUAGGGUCUCCUACUCCACUUCUGUCAGCUUCUUCUGGGCUAUCUUCAAAUUCCCUGACCAAGCCAUAUAGUACCAAGCCUUCAUUUCUCUCCAUGACCUCGACAAUCCUGGGCCUUCUACUGCAACUGAGUCUGCAUCUUCAGUAAUGGCCUCUUCCUGCCUCCCUUGAAGGACUCUAGCCCUGC